UAAAAAUCCGUUGCAACGGUUUAGCAGCAAAACGAUGUGCCAAAUGAAGACCCGUUGCAACGGUCUAGCGGCAAAACGAUGUGCUAAAUGAUAUACAUAUGGUUAAAUUUUGAAAGCAUAUUCUAGAAAUACUUGUAAUAGAAUAUGCUAUCAAAAUUUUAAUGUCUAGAAAUUUCAUAAUCCAAUUGAAAAAGCGAAGAAUAAACUUGUAGUAACGAUUCUUCUCAUUCUUCUUCUUUUGAUUCAAUCAAGUUUCAUCCAUGGCGGAAAACGGUUCAUCACCAUCCACAAUUGACUCUCAAAUUCAAAAACCCUCUUCUUCAAACCCAUCUCCUUCACCAAUUCCCCAACAAUAACAAUCUCAACAGUCACCUGGCAUCAACAAUCUAAACCCUAACCCUAAUGUUUCAAAUUUUCAAAUUCAACCUCAGCAGCAAUUAACCUCGCCGGGGCAGCAAGUUGGUUUCGUACAAUCCUCGCAAUUUUCUUUGGCAAAUUCUACAGGACAGUCACUGCAAGGAACACAACAAGCCAUUGGGACCAUGGGGUCGUCCAAUCUAGCCUCUCAACUGAUGAUGACUAAUGGAGCUCUUUAUGCUCAGCAGCUGCAACUCUCACAGCAGGCUCCGCUUAACAAUCAACAGAAUGGACAACCUGCCAUAUUGCCAUCAGUGUCUGGCACUGCCUCCUUGUUGCCACUUCAACAGCUUCAGAGGCAGCAACAACUGGCUUCAUCUGCUCAAUUUCAACAAAACUCUUUGACCCUUAACCAACAGCAACUGCCACAAUUGAUGCAGCGGAGAUCCAUGGGGAAACUUCAGUUUCAGCAGCAACAACAACAACAACUUUUACAGCAGCAGCAACAACAACAACAACUUUUACAGCUGCAGCAACAGCCACAACAACAAUAUCAGAGGCUGCAACAACAGCUAGCUUCAUCUGCUCAACUGCAACAAAACUCCUUGACCCUGAACCAACAGCAAUUGCCCCAAUUGAUGCAGCGGAGAUCCAUGGGGCAACGUCAGCUCCAGCAGCAGCAGAUACAAUGCAGAUGCUGCAGUCACUAGGGAUGCCAGGAUUGUAACCAGAUGCUACUGCAUUUGGCAUGACCACACCUGGCGGAAGUUCAAGUCAAGGAACCAGAACAAAUACCAUGUCUGGACAAACUGAAAUCAUGUCUGUUGUGCGUGAAUUGAAAGAAACAAGAAAGGAAGUCAAGGCUAUUAUCAAGAUCCUGUCAGGGUUUUUCAAAGUCAUGUCCAUUGUUAUGGCUUUGUUCAUUUCUUAACUCUUUUUGUGUUAGGAUUCAUCAUUUUAUGGUCCUUGUGUUAGGAUUCAUCAUUUUAGGAAGUUGAUCUUUAAUUACUUUUAUGGUCCUUGUAUUUUGUCUCCUAUUUGUGUAAUUCUCAACAUUAAACAUGCUUAUGCUUUAGUAAAUAGCAUCUAACAUUCGU